AUGAAGAAAGAGAAUCACUCUUUGGUGAAUGUGUUUAUUUUUCAAGGUUUCUCCAGCUUCCGUGAGCACAAGCUCACCCUCUUUGUUGUGUUUCUUACAUUGUACAUAUUCACCCUGGCAGGCAAUGUUAUCAUUGUGAGUAUCAUUAGUAUUGAUCGUCACCUCCACGCCCCCAUGUACUUCUUCCUCAGCAUGCUCUCAGGUUCAGAAACUGUCUACACCCUUGUCAUUAUACCAAGAAUGCUGUUUAACCUCAUAGGCCUGAGUCAGCCCAUUUCCUUGGUAGGUUGUGCCACUCAGAUGUUUUUCUUCAUUACUUUGGCUAUCAACAACUGCUUCCUGCUCACAGCAAUGGCGUAUGACCGCUAUGUGGCCAUCUGCAACCCCUUGAGGUACUCAGUCGUCAUGAGCAAGACAGUGUGUAUGCAGCUGGUGUGGGGGGCCUGCAGCAUUGGCCUAAUUGUAGCGAUGACACAGGUGUCAGCUGUAUUCAGGCUGCCUUUCUGUAUUCCAAAGGUGCCCCACUUCUGUGACAUCCGACCUGUGAUGAAGCUCUCCUGCAUUGACACCACAGCCAAUGAAAUCCUGACUAUGAUCAUCAGUGUGCUGGUGAUCCUGAUUCCCAUGGGCUUGGUUUUCAUCUCCUACAUCCUCAUCGUUUCUACCAUCCUCAAGAUUGCCUCUGCCGAGGGCAGGAAAAAGGCCUUUGCCACCUGUGCUUCUCAUAUUACUGUGGUUAUUGUCCACUAUGGCUGUGCCUCCAUUGCUUACUUCAAGCCCAAGUCAGAGAACACCAGAGAUCAGGAUCAGCUGAUCUCAGUGACCUACACUGUCAUUACCCCUCUACUGAACCCUGUGGUGUAUACUCUGAGGAACAAAGAGGUCAAAGACGCUCUGUGCAGAGCGAUAGGUUAA